GUGGAGCGGUGGUCGCCGCUGCCGCUGCGGCAAAUCGGUGGAGGGGAAAUUGCUGCUGCUGCUGCUACUCCUCCUUUAGCUGCGCCUGAAGCUACCGCACCGCCGCCUCGGCUGCUUUUGCCUUUGUCUGUAGGGCUCGGAGGAAAACAGAAGUUUCACUUCAUGGCAAGAAGUGAUAUGCUGCAACAGAAACUGCCCCCCAAACUGGGCAGAAGGAUCCUUCAUAAAUUGUGAUCAGCGGCCCUUCAAUCAGAUUUUGCUGAGAUGGGUUAUACAGCUCACAGUUCAGUCCUGGGAUUUAUUCUUAGAUCUACAAUGAUAAAUGGACUUAUGAUUGUUCCCUUUCUAGUGAUGAUAGUUUUUCCUUCACCGAGCAAGGCUGAUGACGAGCUAAAAUUAAUGACUGACUAUGAAUGCGUGUGCGAAGGCAUGUCAUGUGUGAACGGAGUCCGCUGCAGAGGACAUAGGUGCUUUUCCUCCCUGAGCAUCAAUAAUGGUGCUAGAGUGUAUCAGAAGGGUUGCUUCCAAGUCUAUGAACAGGGGAAGAUGACGUGCAGAACGCCUCCAUCUUCAGACCAAGCAGUUGAAUGCUGUCAAGGGGACCUGUGUAACAUUAACAUAACAGCCGAGCUACCAACAAAAGGACAUCCACCUCAAGGGGAAGCAGUGGGUUACACCAUGGAAACACUUGUCAUUUUCAUACUGGCUCCUGUUAUGGUGCUGAUCGUAUUUUCUGCAGCAGCGGCGCUGAUCAUCAGAAAGAUUCGGCAGCGCCAUAUGGAAAGGCUGAAUUCAAGGGAUGCAGAAUAUGGCACAAUUGAAGGGCUUAUAGCCUCAAAUGUUGGUGACAGCACGUUGGCAGACCUGUUGGACCAUUCUUGUACCUCUGGUAGUGGUUCAGGACUGCCUUUCCUGGUACAGAGAACAGUGGCUCGGCAGAUUACCCUGCUGGAGUGUGUAGGGAAAGGCCGAUACGGAGAAGUCUGGCGAGGACAGUGGCAAGGAGAGAACAUUGCUGUCAAGAUCUUUUCUUCCCGAGAUGAAAAGUCCUGGUUCAGAGAAACAGAAUUAUACAAUACUGUGUUGCUGAGGCAUGAAAAUAUUUUAGGUUUUAUUGCCUCAGACAUGACAUCACGGAAUUCCAGCACUCAGUUGUGGCUAAUCACGCAUUACCAUGAAAUGGGCUCACUCUAUGACUACCUGCAACUCACAACAUUGGACACAGUGAGCUGCUUACGAAUAGUCUUGUCCAUAGCUAGCGGCCUUGCUCAUUUGCACAUUGAGAUAUUUGGGACCCAAGGAAAACCUGCCAUUGCCCAUCGGGACUUGAAGAGUAAAAAUAUCCUGGUUAAGAAAAAUGGGCAGUGUUGCAUUGCAGAUCUAGGCCUCUCCGUCAUGCAUUCUCAAAGUACCAAUCAGUUGGAUGUUGGGAACAAUCCCCGUGUAGGUACCAAGCGCUACAUGGCCCCAGAAGUCUUAGAUGAAACCAUUCAGGUGGACUGCUUUGACUCCUACAAAAGAGUUGAUAUUUGGGCGUUCGGACUAGUCCUCUGGGAAGUAGCCAGGCGCAUGGUUAGCAAUGGUAUAGUUGAAGACUACAAACCUCCAUUUUAUGAUGUAGUUCCUAAUGAUCCUAGUUUUGAAGAUAUGAGAAAAGUAGUUUGUGUGGAUCAGCAGAGGCCAAAUAUUCCCAACAGAUGGUUUUCAGACCCGACGUUAACUUCACUUGCUAAGCUCAUGAAAGAAUGCUGGUAUCACAAUCCAUCGGCAAGAUUAACAGCUUUGCGUAUCAAAAAGACGUUGACCAAAAUUGACAAUUCCUUGGACAAGCUCAAAUCUGACUGUUGAUAAAAAGCCACAAAGAAGGACAUACAGCUUGCUGAACUCUGGGAUUCGGUUCCAAGUGGCUUCAGGCAUCAGCACAGUUGUAUACCCAACCAGCCAUCUGAGAGGAAACAGAGCCAUGCGAACUUCAAUGAGAGCCUGUCGUGGCAUUUGUGCAAAUGGCCAAUCAGUAAAGGCUUCAGGCAGAGUCUGUGGUGGCCUAUGGAAGAAGACAGAGGAGUCCUAAGACAAAAUUGGGGCAUUAGAAUCAUGGCUUUUAAUUUUUCUUUUAAUUCAUAAAAAGAAACAGAGUUAAUUUGAUGCUUCCAACUUUGAUACAUGGAAGCGGUCAAUUUUAAUCCACAACAUUGCCUGCGUUUCUCUUCUUGCACUAGGGGAUUCCUUGCAUUCCUUCCUUGCACUGUUACAGUUUAAUUUUAAGGAACUGACUUGCCAAAAAUAGGAUUGGCUCUGUACUCCUUGAUCUAUGUUUUUGGAUAUUAGGAAAUCAGUUUGGGCAACUGAACCUGUAACUGACUCUUCUCCUCUCUCUCUCUUUUUUUAUUUUGUUAAGCUGCAUUUUACAUAGGUGUACUGUUUACAAUAAUGCUGGACACUAGGAAUUAUUGUUGAUGAGGAAACAUGCAGAUUUUAUUUAUUACUAGUGCAUUUAACAGUUUUUAAAAAACUGAGAAAAGUGCAUACAGUUAAAGUUUAUUUUUAUGUAGCUUCUAUCAUUUCUUACAGCCGCCUUUUGGUAAUAUCAUAUAAUCUGAAUUGGUUCUGUUUCUUUCCCCUGUUGAAUCAUUUAGACAUUUUAAUCACAAUUUUUUAAGUGCUUCACAUUUUAUAUGCGUGUGGUCUGUAACAUAUAUUUUCAGUCCAAAAUAUGCAAAACAUUUAUAUAUAAAUAUUAUAUAUAUAAAUAUAUAUCUAAAUAUAAAGCCAUUACCCAAAUUAUGUCACAUCUAGUACCUUAUUGAUUUAGAAGCGCAGGGAUCAAAAGAGCAAAACAAUAGGUCGUGAGAAAGUGCUGCUUCCCCCCCUUUCCCCAAAGCUAUAUGUAUUGAGCAUUUAAAUGCUGACAAGGAAGAAAUUACUGUUUUAAUUUGCUUUUUUUCCCUGCUGAGUAGAAAGAGAAUAUUUCCCAGUGAAACGGAAGGGGAGUAUUCUGUUAGUGCCUCUUAGGCUUAAGGUGAAGGUGGUGUGUUUAAGGUGAAGCAUCACCAGCAUAUAUCUGUUGGUGAUUCCCACCCUGUGCUGUGCUGGAAAGUCAGCUGUCAUGCUCUUUGGCCCAUGGGAUGGAAGGGAUGUCUCUGAGGUUUGGAAUGCUGGAGCAGCCCCUCACACAGGGGAUGCCAACACUGAGUGUCCAUUCUGGAGCUGUGACCUCAUAAUGGCAUGGAUUGUUGGACAAUGUAUUGACGAAUCAGAUUAUGUGUUCUGGCUGCUUUUAAAUAUCCAGUUUCCCAAGUAAACAACUUUGAUUCCAGUGCCUUGCCUUAUACAAUAGGUACUCUCCUUUUGAAGCCUUCCAAGUAAAAGCUAGGGAUGCUGAACCUAACAGACCUUUGAACAUUAAACCAGCACAAUGCCACAGGCUUGUCUAGAAACAGGCUGAAUGGACUUGGUUUCAAAUGAGAGUAUUUUAAAUAGGACAGGACAAUUGAGGCUUCCAUUAACCCCUGUCCUAACUUACAUGCUUCAAUAACAUAUGUGUACAAGAGCUUUGGUUUGGACAGCUAUAUGCUCAAUGAAGUACUACUGCUUUCACUAAAAGGAGAUAUGACCAUCAUUCGUAUAGUAUUGGAUAGAUAUACCAUGAUUUAUUAGGAUUUAUUUGCAUCUCCUAUGUAGAGUAGAUUUUCAAAUGUUACCUCUGCAGUGCAGAACCUGCCAAGCAGUCCCAAAAGUAGCAUUUGCAUUGACUGUAGAUAGGAACUAAUUCCCCACCUCAAAAAUUCCCUGCUUGCAGAAAAGUAGUUAAAUCACUUCUUCCUCAUAUUUAACACCAGAAACUACAAUUUUGUGGCCCUAGGUUCACAUAAAAGGGGCAACUGAUAUGUGAAUAAGCAAAGAGUAAUGCUGGAAAGGACCCAUUAAAAAUGGUGUUUGAUAUACUUCUUCCUAAGCUUUCUAUAGUUUUGAUAAGCAGCUUGGUAUUUUCUAAGAGAAUUGUAACUUGUCCAACUCACUUUCACUUGUUAAAAUGCUUGAUGGCAACCAGAAUCAAAGAAAAAGGAAUGAGAAGUUACCAAUUUUUAAUAAACUCCAUUUAAUAAUGAUGAACUUUUCCAAGAGGACUGGCUAUCCAUCUAAUAAAUACUCAAUCUUUAA